UCUCGCCGUCCACCCGGCUGGGGAGUGCAGGUCGCCUGUGCUUGACGGUCCCUGGCGCCCCUGUUGCAGGCUCUGCGGCGCGGUGAUCCGCACGCGGAGAGGAAGUUUAGGCGGGACUCGGGGAGACCUAGGAAACCUGGAAAUGGACUCAGUGACAUUUGAGGAUGUGGCUGUGAACUUUAGUCUGGAGGAGUGGGCCUUACUGGAUUCUUUACAAAAGAAACUCUACAAAGAUGUGAUGAGGGAAACCUUCAGCAACCUGGCCUCCAUAGGGGGAAAAUGGGAAGAUCACGAAAUUGAAGAUCAGUAUAAGAACCAGGGGAGUAAACACAGAAGUCAAAUGGUAGAGAGAAGCUGCAAAAGGAAGGAGGAUAGUCAAUGUGGAGAAAACUUAACCCUUAUUCCAAAUCUCAAUCUGAUGAAAUCUCUUCCUGGAGCAAAACCAUGGGAAUACAGUGCGUGUGGUGAAGUCUUCAUGCAUCAUUCAUCCCAUGAUAGGGACAUCAAAUGUCAAACUAGACACAAGACCUCUGAGAAUCAGAAAUAUGGAGAGAAACCAUAUAAAUGUAGUAGAUGUGGGAGAGCCUUCACUUAUAUUCAGUUGGUUGAAAAACAUGAAAGAAAUCACAACAGAGAGGAAUCUUAUAAAUGUGAGGAAUGUUGGAAAGCCUUCAGGUGGCUCAAAAGCCCUCAAAGACACAUGAUCAAACAUACUGCAGAUGCUCCUUAUAAAUGUAAGGAGAGUUUAAAAACCUUUAGUUCUUCAGUUUUUCUUCAAACAUGUGAGAGAAGCCACAUUGUAGAGAAGCCCUAUCAAUGUAAACUCUGUGGAAAAGCCUUCCGAUAUUAUAAAAGUUUUCAAAGACAUGAAAGGAAUCACCCUGGAGAGAAACCCUAUGAAUGUAAAAAAUGCAAUAAAGCAUUCAGGUAUCCCAGUCAUCUUCAAAUACAUGAAAGAAUUCACACUGAAGAGAAACCCUAUGAAUGUAAGCAAUGUGGAAAGACCUUCAGAUCUUACAGUUCCUUACAACCACAUGAAAUGACUCACACAGGAGAGAAACCCUAUGAAUGUAAGCAAUGUGGAAAGACCUUCAGAUCUUACAGUUCUUUACAACCACAUGAAAUGAUUCACACAGGAGAGAAACCCUAUGAUUGUAAGGAAUGUGGAAAAGCAUUCAGAUAUUACAGUUCCUUACAAAUACAUGAAAGGUCUCACACUGGAGAGAAACCCUAUGACUGUAAAAAAUGUAGCAAAGCAUUCAGUGCUCCCAGUUGUCUUCGCAAACAUGAAAGAAUUCACAGUGCAGAGAAACCCUAUGGAUGUAAAGAAUGUGGAAAAGCCUUUAGAUUUUAUAGUUCCUUACAAACCCAUGAAAGGACGCACACAGGAGAGAAACCCUAUGAAUGUAAGCAAUGUGGAAAGGCCUUGAGAUAUUACAGUUCCUUGCAAAUUCAUGAAAGGAUACACACAGGAGAGAAACCCUAUGAAUGUAAGGAAUGUGGAAAUGCAUUCAGAUGUAACAGUUUCUUAAAAAUACACAAAAAAUCUCACACUGGAGAGAAACCCUAUGAAUGUGAAAAGUGUAGUAAAGUGUUCAGUACUCCCAGUAAUCUUCGAAUACAUGAAAGAACUCACACUGCAGAGAAACCCUAUAAAUGUAAGGAGUGUGGAAAAGCCUUCAGAUACUAUCGUUCCUUACAAACACAUGAAAGGACUCACACAGGAGAGAAACCCUAUGAAUGUAAACAUUGUGGGAAAGCCUUCAUUUGUCGCACCACCAUUCAAAGACACAUGAAAAUGCACACUGGUAAAACACCGUAUCAAUGUAAGGAAUGUGGGAAAGCAUUCACUUGCCUUAGUUUGUUACAAAGACAUGAAAGAACUCACACUGGAGAGAAACCCUAUGAAUGUAAACAAUGUGGAAAAGCCUACAGAGAUCACAGUUCCUUACAAAGACAUGAAAGAACUCACACUGGAGAGAAACCCUAUGAAUGUAAGGAAUGUGGGAAAGCCUUUAUUUGUAACAAAAUUUUUCGAAUACACAUGAUGAGAGUGCACACUACAGAAAAACCAUAUAAAUGUGAAGAAUGUGGGAAAGCCUUUAGUCAUCCCUAUUCCUUUCGAAGGCAUGAAAGGACUCACUGGAUAAAACCUCUUGAAUAAAACAAAGAGAAGCCAUAUAAAUGUAACAUAUGUGGGCGAGCUUUCCGUUAUCUUCAGUGUUUUGAAAAACAUGAACAAAAUCACAACGUUGAGAAACCCUAUAAAUGUGAGGAAUGUGGGAAAACCUUCAUGUGGCUCAAAGCCCUCCAAAGACACAUGAUCACACACACUGUCGAUGCUCCUUAUAAAUGUAAGGUUUGUGGGAAAACCUUUAGUUCUUCAGCUGCGCUGCAAAUAUGUGAGAGAACCCACACAGGAGAGAAGCCCUAUCAAUGUAAACACUGUGGGAAAGCCUUCAGAUGUUAUAAAAGUUUUCAGAGACAUGAAAGAAAUCACACUGAAGAGAAACCCUAUCUAUGCCAAAAAUGCGGUAAGGCAUUCAUGUAUCCCAGUUACCUUCGAAUACACGAAGCAACUCACACUGAAGAGAAACCCUAUGAAUGUCAGGAAUGCGGAAAGGCCUUCCGAUCUUACAGUGCCUUACAACCACACAGAAGAACUCACGAAGGAGAGAAACCCUAUGAAUGUAAGGAAUGUGGAAAGGCCUUCAGUAAUUACAGGUCCUUACAAAUACAUGAAAGGUCUCACACUGGAGAGAAACCCUAUGAGUGCAAGCAUUGUGGUAAAGCAUUCAGCGCUCCCAAUUACCUUCGAAAACAUGAAAGAACUCAUAUUGCAGAAAAACGGUAUAAAUGUAAAGAAUGUGAAAAAGCCUUUAGAUUUUCCAAUUCCUUACAAACACAUGAAAGGACGCACACAGGAGAGAAACCCUAUGGAUGUAAAGAAUGUGGAAAAGCCUUCAGAUCUUCUGGUAACUUACAAACACAUGAAAGAACUCACACAGGAGAGAAACCUUACAAAUGCAAGGAAUGUGAAAAAUUCUUCAGAUAUUCCAGUUCUUUACAAAUGCACAAAAGGACUCACAAAGGAGAGGAACCCUAUGUAUGUAAAAAAUGUAGUAAAGCAUUCAAAUAUCCCAGUAAUCUUCGAAUACAUGAAAGAAUUCACAGUGGGGAGAGACCCUAUGGAUGCAAGCAAUGUGGAAAGGCCUUUAUAUCUUACAGUUCCUUACAAACACAUGAAAGGACUCACACUGGAGAGAAGCCCUUUGAAUGUAAACAUUGUGGUAAAGCCUUCAUUUCUCGAAAAUCCCUUCUAAGACACGUGAAAAUGCAUACUUGAAAUAACAUCAUAUCAGUGUAAGGAAUGUGGGGAAGCAUUCACUUGCUUGGUUUGCAUCAAAGAUAUAAGAGAAUUCCCACUGGAAAUAGACACUAUGAGUGAAAACAAUGUGGUAAAGCCUACAUUGAACAGAGUUCCUUACAAUGUCAUGAAAGAACUCACACUGGAAUAAGAACUAUGAAUGUCAGGUAUGCAGAAAAGCCUUUACUUUUAACAAAAUCCUUCAAAAUCACAAGAUGAGAGUGUACUCAGCAGAGAAACUACAUCAAUGUGAGGCAUGUGGGAAAACCUUCAGUCAUUUCUCUUCUGAAGACAUGAAAGGACUCACUGGGUCAAAUCUCUUGAAUGUAAUUAGUGUGGGAAAUGCUUCAAUUGGCCCAUAUCCUUACUUGUAAAACUUCCACCAAAAAUAUAAAAAUGUAAAUAAUGUAAGAAUACCUGAUGAAAAGUAAUUAAUAUAACCCUGACUGAUGUGGCUCACUUGGUUGGAGUGUCAUUCCCAUGCACUAAAGGAUUGUAGUUUCUAUGCCCAGUCAGGGCCCAUACCCAUGUUUCUGGUUCAAUUCCCGGUAGGGGCGUGUAAGGGAG